CACCGCGGCGGGCAAAUGGCGGCCUCCCCGGCGCCGCGCUUCCUGUCCGGGGUCGGGAGGCUCCUGGCGGCGGGACUGACGGGGCUCAGAGCGGGACUGCGGCGGGGCCGGGAGCGGAGGUCGUCAUACUUACUGUUGGCGCCGUUACUGAGUCAGGCCAAACCCCGGGUUGUGGGACAGAACUCUUCGCCUUCCACCUUCUCUGCAGGUGGCAUUCAGAGGUUUCAGUGGAUUGGGGAUAUCGUUCCUGUCUUCGGAAUCUCCGGCAGUCAGGUGAAAAUCCUGCAUUCCCCCUCAGAAUUUUAUGAAACAAUAAAGGAACAAAUCAAAGUGGCCAAGAAGAGAAUAGUGAUGGCUUCUUUGUACCUCGGAACAGGACCCCUGGAACAGGAGCUGGUAGAUUGCAUCGAGGAAACGCUGGAAAGAUCACGAGAGGCGGCAUUGGCAUCUGAUCUCAGAGUUUCUAUUCUGCUAGAUUGCACAAGAGGGUCUAGAGGGAAGAAGAACUCUCGGACUAUGCUGAUUCCAUUGUUAAAGAGGUUUCCAAACCAAGUGCGUGUUUCGCUGUAUCACACUCCGGAUCUCAGAGGCCUCCUCAAACUCCUUCUUCCUGAGCGCUUCAACGAGACCAUUGGAUUGCAACACAUCAAGGUCUACCUCUUUGACAACAAUGUCAUUAUUAGUGGAGCAAACUUGAGCGAUUCGUACUUUACAAAUCGUCAGGACCGCUACGUUUUACUCAGUGACUGUCCGGAGAUAGCAGAUUUCUUCGAUGACCUGGUCAAUGCGGUCGGUGAUGUCUCACUUCAGUUGCAGCAGGACGAUACAGCUGAGGUGAAAUCUGGAGAUGUCCAUCCAUAUAUAGGUGACAGAGCGGAAUUCUGCACAGCAGCAAACAAGAGAAUCAUGGCAGUGGUUAACAACGCUCUAGAGAGGCAGCAGUACAGAGACAACGGUGAUUCCGAUGGAGUGUCAAUAUUUUUCAGCAGCUUUGACAGAGCUGCAAGUCACAUAGAUACCUGGAUUUACCCCUUAAUUCAAAUGAAGCCUUUUGAUAUCAGAUUAGAUGAACAAGUGACUAAAGUUUUAAUGACUGAAGCUGAGACAGAUGCUCACAUAUACUUGACUUCAGGAUAUUUCAACCUUACUAAAGCCUAUAUGAAUCUCGUUCUGGGUACCAAUGCGAAUUACCAGAUACUGCUUGCUUCGCCUGAGGUGAAUGGAUUUUUUGGCGCUAAGGGUAUAGCGGGAGCAAUUCCUGCAGCUUACGUUUACAUUGCCAGGCAGUUUUACGAUAAGGUGUGCCAAAGUGGGCUGCAAGAUAGAAUUACUCUGCACGAAUACUACAGGAACGGAUGGACCUUCCAUGCAAAAGGUCUAUGGUAUCACCUGUCACAAAGCAAGUGGCCUUGCCUAACGCUGAUCGGCUCUCCUAACUUUGGAUACAGAUCUGUGCACAGGGACCUGGAGGCUCAGCUGGCAAUUGUCACAGAAAACCAAGAGUUACAGCAGCAACUACAGCAGGAACAAGAACAUCUGUACGGACUGUCAAAUGAGAUUUUGGCUACUACAUUUGAUAAGCCAAACAGAUAUGUGAAACUCUGGGUGAAACUUGUAACACCGUUUAUAAAUAACUUUUUCUAGGAGUCGAAGAACCUGGAAAUGUUACCUUUUAUGGGAUUAAGAUAAAGAUGAUCUUCUGACUCAUUCAUUUAUCCAAGUAUUAUGACCACCAGGGGGAGUGGAGCUGGCCGUUGAUGUUUGUAAAGGGAGGCCUUGUGGCUUUCUGAAUUCAUGAGUU